AUGCAGAACCCUAUGAAAAUUGAUAUCUCUGACGGCGACAUCCUCAACCGUUUCAAUUACUUUCCGGGGUGGGAGAACCAGGACGAGGUGGGCGAUCUUCGCGUGUGCCGAGCUAGCUCUGCGGAUGACCCGGCCAUGAAGUUUUGCUACAUCAUAGCUGCAGGACACGGGGCCGACGACAAGAUGUACAUGGUGACCACAGCAUACUACAAUUCAACUGAGUCACAGGGAUAUGACUAUGGAAAGCCGAAGUUCAAUGCAGGCAACGACUCAUACGUCGUUGGUAGCGCUCUUCUGCGGCAGCCUCCGAAAUACUUUCACGGCACGACGGUCAUCAUUGAAAAGGAAGGUGUGGAGCUUCCGAUGAUCGUCCAUGAUAUCAAGACUCGGGACGACUCCUAUGUCUACACUCUCGGAACUGCUUGUGGGCCAGAGGUAAACGAGGAGAAGCUUUUCGCGAUCGCGAAAGAAGUCAUCUAUGAUGAUGAGGAAUAG